AUUAUCUUCAUAAACUUAUGUGGUUUGUAGUAUGUAUAUUAAUUAAUUAUAUACAAUAAUAUAGUGAGCCUUUGUUAUGAGUGUACGUUGAACGAUUUUAUUGGUUUAUGUAUUGUUUUCGAUAACUUUUACUCUAAACUGAAAAUUUGCCACGUAUAUUCUGAUAAUAAUUUAACUACAAAAGUAGAAAUGUGUGGUUCUGAUAAGAAGUUAGAUAAAAUUCGUGCGCUUAUCCUUGUGGGCGGUUAUGGAACGCGUUUAAGACCCCUAACACUAAGUAGACCAAAGCCAUUAGUAGAGUUUGCUAAUAAACCAAUACUUAUGCACCAAAUUGAAGCACUUGUCGAUGCUGGAGUAAAUGAGGUAAUAUUAGCUGUCUCAUAUAGAGCUGAAGACAUGGAGAAGGAAUUGACUGAGCAAGUUUCAAAGCUUGGUGUUUCGUUAACAUUCUCACAUGAGACAGAACCUUUAGGUACUGCUGGGCCAUUGGCUUUAGCCAGAGAACUAUUAAAUACAAGUACAGAACCCUUUUUUGUCCUGAACUCUGAUGUAAUAUGUGAAUUCCCUUUUAAAGAUCUUGCAAAAUUCCACAGGAAUCAUGGCAAGGAAGGUACAAUAGUAGUUACUAAAGUUGAGGAGCCUUCAAAAUAUGGUGUGGUUCUUUAUAAGGAAAAUGGAGAGAUUGAAAGUUUUGUUGAAAAGCCACAAGAAUUUAUUUCUAAUAAAAUUAAUGCAGGUAUUUACAUAUUAAAUCCAUCAGUUCUAAGUAGAAUAGAGUUACGUCCAACCUCAAUCGAAAAAGAAAUUUUUCCAUUAAUGGCCCAGGAUGGUCAUCUCUAUGCUAUGGAACUGCAAGGAUUCUGGAUGGAUGUUGGACAACCAAAAGACUUCCUUACAGGAAUGUGCCUCUAUCUAAACAGUCUCAGACAAAAGAAUUCAAGUAAACUAUACAAUGGUGUAGAAGUAGUUGGUAAUGUUUUGGUUGAUCCCACGGCAACUAUAGGCAAAGGUUGUCGCAUAGGACCCAAUGUUACCAUAGGUCCUGACGUAGUUAUUGAAGAUGGGGCAUGUAUAAAACGCACCACAAUAUUACGUGGUGCUUGUGUAAGGCAGCAUGCUUGGCUUGAUGGGUGUAUUGUAGGGUGGCGGUCAGUUGUGGGUCGUUGGGUCAGAAUGGAGAAUUGCACAGUGCUUGGUGAAGAUGUUAUAGUAAAAGAUGAACUCUAUGUCAAUGGAGGUCAAGUACUUCCACACAAGUCUAUAGCCUUAUCUGUGCCUGAACCACAGAUUAUUAUGUAAAGACUGAUGUAUUAUAUUUUUUAUUAAAUUAAUUAAACUAUGACUUAUUUGCGAUUAUAUUAUUCCAGAUUAAAUAAACCAGGAUGCUGUCCAAAUGUAAAAUUAUUUAUUCUAAUUUGUUGUAAACAAUUUUAUUUUUAUAUAAUAAUUUUCUAUUUCUAAUAUCCUUUUUGUUUUAAAUAUGUAAAUGAACAUCUCUUACAAGUUCUCUUUAAUAAACCAUUACUAUUGACAGAGUGAUUAAUUAUGUAUUAUUGAUUUCAUAAUGUACAAGUGCCAGCUUCAAAAUUAUAUUUUAAUACAUAAUUAAUCGUACACAUUAAGGUAAAUAAAAGUAUAUUUGAAUUUUUACCAGCUAAAAACUGCAAUAUUUUUUUAAACAUUCCGAAAAUUAUUUUUAUUUAGAUACUUUAGUUAACUAACAGAAAUAGCAAAUUUUUUAUUAGAAGAUCCCAAGAAGGGAAUUUAUAGAAUAUGUUGUAGUAUGAUUGUAAUUGCAAUUAUUAAUUUUAUUAUUUUUAUGUAAUUAUUUUUUUAAAUAAAGUUCAUUUGUAUUAGAA